UUGCAGCAUUUCAGAAUUUUAAGUAACUGUGGAUGUUGCAAAGGGAACAGAUGGUUACGGUAUUCGUUAAGCACCUAAACAUUCUAGCAAUGUAAUGCCUCUAACCUAAAGCUCAUGUGAAGUGCAGAAAGUAAGGCGCUCUAGCUCAGAUCUUCCCUUUCAACAUCAUCUUCUGCACUAUCAUUUGCUGCACUGGACCCGAGUCUCUGCCUGCUCCUGGCAAAAAGUCAGAAGCAAUUUCCGAGCAGGCUGCAAGUUCCAGGGAAGAUGAACAUCCAGGUCCGCUCCGGGGAUACGCUUUCGCCUAUUACCUCAUUAGAAAAGAGGAAAGUGGAGCAGGUCCUGCUCAUAGAUCCUAAUGAAUUCAGGUAUGACGAGCCGUCCACCGCCCCGACUCCCGACUCCCAUGGCUGGCCACAGGCAACCACCGGCGACGGGGACAGAGAGACCUGGAGCAAGAAAAUAGACUUUCUGCUGUCUGUUAUCGGCUUCGCGGUGGACUUAGCUAACGUAUGGAGGUUUCCAUAUUUAUGUUACAAAAAUGGGGGAGGUGCCUUUUUGAUUCCAUACGUCAUUUUUUUAUUCAUCGCUGGGAUACCCCUGUUUUACAUGGAGCUUGCCAUAGGCCAAUACAAUAGAGAGGGCGCUGCCACAGUCUGGAAGAUUUGCCCCAUGUUCAAAGGUGUGGGCUACACAGUGAUCGCUAUAGCACUGUAUGUCGGCUUCUACUACAACGUCAUUAUAGCCUGGUCCCUUUACUACCUGUUCUCCUCGCUCACCAAUGAGCUGCCCUGGCUCAGGUGUGGGAAUAGCUGGAACAGUCCCAGGUGCACCGACCCUCAGCUUACCAACGGCUCCCUCCUGUGGAAUGGGACAUCCUACUUCAAGAUAACGCCAGCUGCAGAGUUCUAUGAGCGUGGAGUCCUGCAUGUCCAUGAGAGCAAGGGGAUCCAGGAUCUGGGCCUGCCUCGUUGGCAGCUCACCAUUUGCCUGGCACUGGUGGUCUUCGUCGUCUGCUUCAGCCUAUGGAAAGGUGUCAGGUCAUCUGGAAAGGUGGUUUAUGUCACAGCCACCUUACCCUACGCCAUGCUGUUUGUUCUCCUUAUCCGGGGCGUCACUCUACCUGGGGCGAUGGAUGGCAUCAGGGCCUACCUGCACAUUGAUUUCAAAACGCUCAGUAAGCCAUCGGUCUGGAUCGAUGCAGCCACUCAGAUAUUCUACUCGCUGGGAGCAGGAUUUGGCGUCUUGAUUGCAUUUGCUAGCUAUAAUAAGUUUGAUAACAACUGCUACAGGGACGCUCUGCUGACCAGCACAAUCAACUGCAUCACCAGCUUCCUCUCAGGAUUCGUCACGUUCUCUGUGCUGGGAUACAUGGCCUUCCGGAAUGGCGUGAAGAUUGACAAUGUGGCUACUGAGGGGCCAGGGCUGGUGUUUAUCAUCUAUCCAGAAGCCAUCUCCACUCUUCCAGGAUCCACAUUUUGGGCCAUAGUCUUCUUCAUUAUGCUCAUAACACUUGGCAUCGACAGCUCAAUGGCCGGCAUGGAAGCUGUCAUUACUGGCCUUUGUGACGACUUCAAGCUCCUCAAAAGGAACAGGAAGAUAUUCACAGUUGUCGUCGCAUCUGUGACUUUCCUAGUAGCCUUGUUCUGCGUCACGAAUGGUGGCAUUUACAUCUUGACUCUGCUGGACACCUAUGCUGCGGGAACGUCCAUUCUAUUCGGGGUGCUGAUCGAGGCUAUUGGCGUGUCCUGGUUCUAUGGAGUAGACAGAUUCAGCGAGGAUAUCGAACAGAUGAUGGGCUUCAAACCUGGCCUGUACUGGAGACUGUGCUGGAAGUUUUUAAGUCCAGCCUUCCUGCUGUUCGUUGUGGUUGCCAGUGUCGCAACCUCCACCAGCUUGCAGUAUGAUAACUACGUCUUUCCUCAGUGGUCCAAUUUGAUUGGCUGGGGAAUAGCAGCGUCAUCGAUGAUUUGUGUGCCAGUCUAUGCCAUUUACAAGUUCCUCAGUGUGCCAGGAACCUUCAAAGAGAGGGUAGGUUAUUGUAUCACUCCCAAAAAAGACCAUCAUCGUGUGGCCAACGGUACUGUCAGGCAGUUCAAGUUAAAGCACUGGUUGGCCAUCUGACAUCAGCUAGGUCCUGCUCUUUGGGAUGCCGGAGGCCGUGGUCCUUCCUGAAGACCUUCACGGUGAAGCUACAGUGUCUGCUUGUUUUAUGAAAGAUAUCACAUAUCCACACUUCCAUUUAUAUUGAAUGGUAAUUCCUGGCUGCGUUCUUUGAGAACGUUUUGUGUUUUGCUUUUCACAAUGUGACAAUGUUGAUUAUACCUCUUUUACGACACUUUGAAGAAUAUAUAGGAAGCAAAUAUGAAGUUAGCACUGGAGCAAAAUAGAGAUUUAUAACUGUUUGGCAUUGCUUUUAUAUAAAAUACAUACACUUUUAAUAAAUGUAUAAAGAACCGGUUCAUUAUCCAUUUUAUUUUGGUCAGGGGGGCCUGGAGCUAGUCAAAGGGUACAUAAAUUAGCCCAAAGUACAUGGUGUCAGAAGGUGGGGGGAAACCCACACAACAGGGAACACGUGUAAACUCCACUGACAUAGAUGGGGGAUUUGAAGUCUCUCUGCUGGAGGGGGAGAGAACAGUAACUUACUUUCCCCAGUAAGUAUAGACUCUCCUUUUCACUCUUAUCUCGUAUAUAAUACAAAUUUGUUAAAGUGUUCUCUUCUUCCUUAUUAAUAGUUCUGUGUUAAGCUUGCAUAGUAAAGAGAUGUUUCUUUUAUCGAAUCCAAAGUGCCGUGAGACUUUUCAAUCUGGUUUAACACGAUUUAGAUUUAAACCAGGAGUCAUCCUGUUUUUGUGCGAUGAGGUAUGGUAGGAAAGCAACAUAACGAUCAAGUGAGAGGGUCAUAUUCCUUCAUUCGGUGACAUAUCACAGUUCCUAAACCUCAUGUCAAUAAUAGAAACCAUUUCAAAAUUGUUAUUUUAAGCUACGGCAAAUUUAUCAAUGUUACUGAUAUAUGAGCUCUAUGUGAAACAUUAGAAAAGUUUUACACAACCGUGCUACAAUAAUACAGUGUCCCUUUACCAAAUUUCCCCCCAGGAUUAAAGAAGGUAUUCUGAUUGCAAUUGUGAUUCUUUAUACACAUGCCAGUGACCAUGGACAGCUUUAUGAUGUCAUGCUCUACAUGCAGCCUUUAACAAUACUAUAUCUGAAUGUUAACAGAAAUAUAUAUACUGACAGCUUAUAAAAGUUAACAUCUAUUAAAGUAGAAUUUAUUGACGUUUGUAAUGUGUUAUUUCACUUUAUCAGGAACAAUUUAUAAAAUGUCAUUUUUACACUUAUCUUGUGUACAGAAUUACGUUAAAAUAAAGUUUUACAUUUUACUUUG